UCAUUGUUGUUUAUCUUUGAAAGAUGGCUAUACCUCCGCCGCCAGGACCACCGCCGCCACCAGGGCCACCUCCUCCACCAGCUAUGGGUGGGUUAAAGUUAGGAGGCGGUGGUGGUGAUCAAGCUCGAUCUGCUUUAUUACAGUCCAUACAGAAAGGCAAAGCACUAAGGCCAACCGUUACGGUUGAUAAAAGUGGACCCGCAUUAUCUGGAAAGGUAUGCGGUAAUACAUCGCCAAAUGCUGGAUCCCCUAAGCGACAGGUUAUUGGUGGAGCCAGCAGCAACAACAACAACAGCAGUAUUGGCAAUGGUGGGCCAAAAUUGGGUGGUUUGUUUGAAGGCAUGACGUCGAUGCCAAAACUAAAGCCAGUUAAUGGUAAUAGAGCAACCCCUGCAACAUCUUCAUCUACGGUUAAUGGUCGCAGCAAUAGCCCCCCAUCAUCAGCACCAACAUCAAAUGUGGUGUCAAAUAGUGGUCCCAUGGAUUUCAAUGCUGAAUUAACAAAACAUUUGACCCUUAAACGUCAAAAACAGCAACAACAACAGACAUCAGGAUCUACACCACAUAUCAAUGCCACAGAGGCAAACUUUAAAACAAAUCGCGGACCGCCGCCUCAACCACCAACACAGCCACCAAAAAAUUUAUCAACGAGUACUUCCGAUUCAAUUUUGGAAAAAAGCAAAACCAAUGCCACACGUUCAACAAUUUCAUCCAACAACGAUACAUCGAAGCAAUCUAUUCCAACCACAUCAGAAAUAAGUAGUAAAUUGAUGAAACAGAUUAACACGGGAGGCAGUGUGAGGAGUAAAGCCGCUAAUCUAAACCUGACUUUAGGGAAUAAUAAUGUAUUUGUAAAUAAUAAUAACAACAAUGACAAUAAUACAAAAACAUCAUCCCUAAAUACCACAACAAACUAUUCAAACAACAACAACAACAGCCACACAAAUAGUUCAUCGUCAUUGGUAGCAUCAUCGGCAACAUCAGGAUCAUUGCGUAAUCUAGCACCAAACAAGUCGACUUUGUUUAGCAACAAUACAGGCGGCAAUGGUGGUGCUAAUGGCACUGCCAACAGCAGUCCAUCGGCAUCUGCAUCGCCAUCUCCGCCAACCAAAUCACCAUUGCUGCCUUCUGUGAAACCCAAUCAUGGCAAACCGAACUUUGCCCCAAAACCACCAGGUCUGCAGCAAUUAGUUGGUCAAAGACCAGCCGUGGCACGUCAUCAUAGUAUGAAAUCACCCAGGUCACCACCGAUAACAACUUCGGGUGGAGGUCCAGUAUUUCCCACACAACAACAAUUCGGAACUAUGCGCACACCGUUGGCGCAGUCGCAUGAAGCCAUUAAUUCUGGAUUACGAUCGGCACCUCAACCACCCAUUGGUCGACCCACUGUGGCUCCGCCCAAACCCCCUAGCGUUAAGCCGCCACCACCUCCUACACCAGCACGCAGUACAUCGAAUUCGAACCUUAAUAUUUACUCGAGUACCAAUUCAAGUUCUAAUUCGGCUUCUUCUGCUGCACCUAUUGCUGCCAUCAAUACAGCGCUUAUUUCAUCAGCCACAAGUGUGAACUCAUCGCCGCCCUCUACUCAACCACCGUCUAAUUCUUCAUCUACGCACAGCGUAUCAGCUUUGCGUGAUCAAUUUCGAACUGGUGCAAAUUCAACGCCGCCUCCUCCCCCUCCACCAUCUACAACCGCCAUGUCUCCCCCAGCGAAGUCUUCGAGUAGUCCACUUAGUAGUAAAUCUCCGAAGCCAAUUAUAUUGAAUGGAGGUCCAAUUAAUGCACCUCCAUUACCACCGCACAGAACAUGUCCAGCGCCGCCACCACCUCAAAGGCAAUCGAGCACUGGUAAUAUAAAUUCGAGUGGAGCUCCACCAGUACCACCUCAACGCCAUUCUUCCAUACGAGCCAAUGCUCCACUAACACCACCAGCUGGCGUCAACACAGCUCCCGCAUUUGGUAGUGCAAACGCUGUCAGUCGUUUGGUUACCGAUUUGGAAUCAAAAUUCGGUAAACGGUUCCACAAUGUAACCGAAUUUCCCAAGCCUCCACCAUUUGUAAAUAUUCAUAAAGUGUAUCCUCGUCGAACCGUGAAGGCAACAAAUGGUAUGUAACAUGCAAUGAAAGCACUGCUCUUCAUUUGCCCGUAUAUAAAUUAUA